GUGCCAAAUCAGUAGUAGUCGGUAGUCAAUUGUGAAAAGUGUGCUAAAUUUCUUAAUGUGCCACUGAUAGUUAAAACAUGUAAAGCAUUCCAACAAUUCCCACUACACACCGAACCAUGCUCCUGAUCCUGGGCGUGGUGUUGUCCAUUGUGAUCUCUACGGUACACGCCACACGAGUGACCAUUCAACAGGGCUCGAUUGAAGGGGAUCUCGUGUCCCUAUCCCACUUAUCUCUGCCCAACGUGAAUGUAUAUCGAGGCAUCCCGUUUGCUCGACCGCCGGUGGGCUCCAAACGGUUCGUGCCGCCAGUGUCACCGGUGGGAUGGAGUGGAACGCGAAAAGCGGUUCAGUUUCAGCCCGUGUGCCCGCAAGUGAUUCCGGAUCUCCGGAAUGAAACGGCUGCUCUUCUGUAUAUGACCAAGGGAAAUUUGGCCAAACUCAGGUCCAUCUUCCCUAUGCUCACCAACCAAAGUGAAGACUGUCUCUACCUCAAUGUUUACACGCCUGAAAUUCAAGUGGCUCGCUUGCUCCCAGUUAUGAUUCUGAUUCAUGGUCAAUCCUUCGAGUGGGGCUCCGGCAAUGUGUACGAUCCUUCUAUUUUCUCUUCAUUCGGCUCGGUGAUCGUAGUGACGGUGAAUUACCGCUUAGGGGCGUUCGGUUUCCUCCAAACCGGCUUGAAUGGGAAUGGGGUCAACAACUUUGGCCUCUUAGACAUCUUGGCUGCUAUUGAGUGGGUCAAGAAAAACAUCGGGGCCUUCGGUGGUGACGCGAAUGCCAUCUCGAUCCUGGGCCAUGGCACGGGUGCCACACUCCUUUCAUUAUUGAUGAUAUCCCCAAUUGUGGCCAACCGAGGUCUGUUCCAUCGGACUCUUCUCAUAAGUGGGUCUCCACUCUCUCCGAUGGCUUUUCCCAGAGAUCCUGAGGGUAUUGCCCGCCAGCUUUUCGAGAAGUCCUCUUGUCCGUAUAAAAUUCAUGACAACAGCAACAAUGUGGAUUGCAUGCGGAAGCAAUCAGUGAACAGAAUCCUCUCCAUUCAGGUUGACUUUCCUCUCUAUACCAUUCCCUUUGGUCCAAUCUCAGAUGGUAUUAUACCUCCGAAGCCGUUUGACAACCUCAUGCGAGAGGCAUUUCAUAAUUAUGACGCCAUCUUUGGUGUGGUUGAGGAGGAAUCUUCUGACAUGAUGACAGAUGCUAUAGUUCAAUAUGGCAUGACCGAGUUCGAGCAACGGGAAAUGUUGACCCAGUUCUUUCGGAACAACUUUGCGAGACAACACACGGGUGAAAUUCUCAAGAGUAUCCUUAAUGAAUAUACACACUAUAAGGCCUCCGGGCAGGACCCUCAGGAAUUCGGUCGAAUGACUCGAGAAAUACUCAGCGAUGCUAUCACAGUAGGGCCUCUCUUGAAAAUGGCCAAAAUCCACGCGGAGUCCAAGCGAGCUACUUACGCUUAUGUGUUCCAUCGAUCCAGAACGUCAAGGAGAGGAGAUCAGGUCUUAGGUUCCUUGAGGGGCGACGAUCUCGAUUUCAUGUUUGGCUAUCCAUUUUUGUCCAGAGAGCCAUUAACAGAAGAAAGACAGUCCGAUCAAAGUAUUUCCCAAUCUUUUAUGACCCUCAUACGAACUUUUGUGGAGGGCGGUAUUAUGUCAAAGUCAAAUGGACGCUUUCACCGCGAAGGAUACACAAAAUCGGGUCUCUCCUGGCCCGAAUUCGACAUCGACGAGCAACAAUAUCUAAAGAUUGAUUCCCCUAUCGAAAUCGGCACCUUCUAUCGUUACUACAAACUUACCAAGCUGGAGGAAAUCGCUUCCAAAUUUGGCAAAGUCUUACAAUCAUCUCGAGGAUCCUCAAGCAAUCCUCCAGGCUCACCACCAUCAGAGAAAGACGAAGAAAAAACCGACUUGGAGUUCCGAUCGUUCGAUUCAGAUCCCGACAUCGAAAGUGGAGGCAUGACCAUGCGGACAAUCAUUAUUAUUGGUUUUCUUCUCCUCAUUCUCAAUGUGUGCUUUUGUGCUGGGGUUUUGUAUCAAAAGCACCGCGUCAGACAACGGGAAAAUAACCUGCAGUCCCAAUUGCGGAACAUCUCCCAAUCAGCGACCUUUUCAGGCCCCAACGAAUCUAUGCUGUACGAUAAAGUCGAGCCCCACUCUGGCUCCAACUAUGCUCAUUUGGAGAUGGACCAACUCCACUCAUCCCAAUACAACAUAUUGAGGCGGAACCAGAUGAGGGGUGACUAUUAUCCAACCUACAAUCGACAUCCGCAUCAAAGGUCUGAUCAGCCCGUGUGGAGGUCCAUCUCCGAUAGUGAAGACGAUGUCCGAGGGCUCCAUGGAGGCUCAUUUCGCACCAGCAACAGCCUCAGGACUGUACCCAGAUCGGGUCCUGACAAUCUAGUUAUUCAAUCAUCAGAAUCCACAGAGCAUGUAAAUGCUGAGGAGGUCCAACCCAAGCCUCGCUCGUUUCCGAAAGUGUUACCUGAUUUACCCUCGGUUUGGCGAGAGAGACGUCUCAUCAAGCGAGAUAGUCCACAAGAUCCCAUCAUAGAGAUGAUUCCUUUGGAGGAUUAUGAACGCCUCUACCCGACGAUUCCACCGAAAGACACAGGCCCAGCACGAGACAAUCCGGGGGAGCAUCUAGCUCCAGUGAUAUCCAACGUGAACGACUCACUCGCUCCUGGAACAUUGCGACGGGAUAGACCGGUGUCAAGUUACCGGGAAUGGUGCUCCCAAUACAGUCAGUCGUUUCUCUCCAAAACUCUCGAAGGGUCUGUUUCCCCUCCAGGGGAUGAAAUGACGCUCAAGCUUCGUUCAAGUGUGAUUUGUCUGAUUUUGGUAGUGGUUCUGAUCGGGGAUCAUCUCAUUUCAUGUACAUCGGCCCAGCAACCUAGUGAGAUUGUCCAUACAAGACAAGGCAAAGUUCGAGGCUUGACGUUAGCCUUUCAGAACCACGAUAAGGAAGUGCUCGUGGAUCGCUUCACAGGCAUCCCCUUUGCGGCUCCCCCUGUGGGCUCAUUACGCUAUAUGCCGCCAGUGAGCACGCCACCAUGGCGCGAGGUUCGAAAUGUGUCCCAAUUUCGGCCAGUGUGUCCCCAGGUGUUCCCUAAUCAUUUAAUCAACCAAAGUAUCGCCUCGCAAGGAAGGGACAAAGAAUUUGAAACGCUCCGGCAAGAGCUGGAGAGCCAAAGCGAGGACUGUCUCUAUUUGAAUGUUUUCGCCAGGCAUCGCGACGGUCCUCUUGCUCUCUUGCUCCCCGUGUUGGUGUUCAUACAUGGAGAAAAUAAUUACGAGUGGGGCAGUGGAAACUUGUACAACGGGAAUGCUCUAUCGGCUGUGGCGGAUGUGAUCGUAGUCACCAUCAACUAUCGUCUGGGAGUAUUGGGUUUCCUGGACGCAAACAUUGACGACGACUCAAAGAGCCCCGGCAAUCUAGGAAUAUUGGAUCAAAUCGCUGCUCUCCAUUGGGUUCAGGAAAAUAUUCGAGGAUUUGGCGGUGACGCAUCCAAUGUGACUCUAGUGGGACACGGCAAAGGAGCUGCCUGUGUCCACUUUCUCAUGACUUCAGAAGCAUUACCUCGAGGUACCCUCUUCAAAAGAGUGAUGCUCCUGUCUGGCUCUGCCAUAGCUCCUUAUUCUUUGUCGAAGAAUUCGUCGCAAGUCACAAUGGAGUUAGGUCAAACUCUCAAUUGCAGCGUGACUUCACCGUCGACACUUCUCCAAUGCUUGAGAGCAAUUCCACUCUACCAUUUAAUGACAAGUGCCGCCAAGCUGAGGGAUAAUCCAUCCAUUUUUCAUGAGAUGCCCGUGUGGGGGCCCUCUUUGGAUGGUGUGGUGGUGCAUAGCUUCCAGCACCGCAUUAAUGAGUACCUGGAACGAAUGUCAAAAUACGACCUCAUCUUGGGCCUUGGGAGUGCUGACGCGUUGGUUUUGCUCAAUGAGAGACAGGUCCAGUAUGGCAUAGACAACAAAGAGAGGAACCGGAUCCUCUCGGAUUUUGUCACCACCACUUACCCCGUGCACCAACGAGAGAUAUUUUCCGUUAUAAUGACGCAUUACACGAAUUGGGAAAACCCCUCUUUGAGGCCGGUUGAGCUGCGGGACGAACUCGUCGCUGCCCUAAAUGAUGCCCUUUUCGGAGCUCCCAUCAUCGAAACCGGCGACUAUCACUCUAGCAUCAACGAUAAAUCUUGGUUCUUCGUUUUUGAUUAUCAAAGCAAAGGCAGUUCUUACAGACAGCGCCAAGGUUCCGUGUUUGGAGAGCAAUUGAAGUACAUCUUUGGCGAGCCUUUACUGAAUCGAAAAACCUACACCGAUGGCGAAAGGAAGCUCUCUGAGAUAGUGAUGAACUACAUCGGGAACUUCAUACACAAUGGAAACCCAAAUACUGGACAAGAUGGACAGAUGUCUCGAGACUCUCCCUUGGAUUGGCCACGCUACGACCCCAAUGAAAAGAAAUACUUGCAUAUUGGUUUGAAACUUCGACAAAGGAAUUUUUAUCGAGCGGACAAAAUAGCCUUGUGGGUUAACCUAAUUCCAGACUUGCUUAACGCCGCCUUGGCGAACAAGCACUACGAGGAGAAUGAGAUCAAUCACUACAACGACUUCAUGACAAAUUACCAUUCUUAUUUCGAAAUUCUCAACUUCAUUCCCAAUCUGAAGCUGGUGACCCAAUGGGGUUCAACCCCGUCUUCCAGUGAGGUUUUGUGGCCGUCAAUCUUGGACAAAAACAAAUAUCACAAUUUAAACGAAACGACUCAUGGUGGAGGAAAACUCAUUUCCGGGGUCAAUGCCACAGUCAUGGUUCAAAACGCCAAAAGCCUAUCGAACUACUCGACUGCACUGAGUGUCACCAUUGCCAUCGGAUGCUCCCUAUUAGUGUUAAAUGUGCUGAUUUUCGCGGCUGUGUACUACCAAAAAGAUCGCUACCACGACCCCUGUGACUCCAAAUUGGACGGUUCUCUUCGCAAUUCGUCGAGUCGCGAAAGCUUAAUGCCUCCGAGCAUUUCUCAGACGUUAGAGAAACCUCGGAGACCAUCUUUCACGGAUGAAAUGCCGAACACGAACAACCAUUCUAUUCCUGAAUUGUCGGGCAAACAUGACCACGCCCUCCCAGGGGUUUCCUCCAUUUUGCGAAAGUCUGCCUUGAAAGUGGCCACUUUGCCCCCACCCCAGUUUGCUGACCAUCCACCGUCCCAGCAUGGACCAGUGGGAGGCAUUCAGACAUUACCUCGGAAGAUGAUGAUCGCUAGCCAUUCUGGGUCUCAACGAAAUUCCUAUGAUGACGCACCUCCUCCAAUGUUUUACGGCAAGUUGCCACACAAUGGCUGUGUCACCCUUCCAUUAAAGAGUAGCCUUAAGAAGAAAAGCGCUCAAGGAGAUUUUCCAACCCCUUGGCCUGAGGAUCAAGAAGAACCCAAUUUGGACGAGUUACGGGUGUAAAACCUCCCUCAUUCUCUCCUAUCUCCUGGGCCACAACUUCACCACUGCUGUUGAUGUUAAAGCAAUAGCAUAAACCCUUCGAUACUAACCCGCUCUCACUAUUAGGUGCUCACUUGGUCCUCUACGACUUUACACUCAACAAAACAAAAAACGAACUUCCCGCAAAAAACAUUAGAAAUAAAUAUAAAAU